AUAACUGGCAUCUUACUGCUCCUUCUCGACCAUUUCUUUUUUGAUUUUUUCCUAACUGCUUGUGUUUUGGUAAUACCAUGUCUGGACGCGGCAAGCAGGGCGGCAAGGCUCGCGCCAAGGCCAAGACUCGCUCCUCCCGGGCCGGGCUGCAGUUUCCCGUGGGCCGAGUCCACCGCCUGCUCCGCAAGGGCAACUACUCGGAGCGGGUGGGCGCGGGUGCCCCGGUGUACCUGGCGGCCGUGCUGGAGUACCUGACGGCCGAGAUCCUGGAGCUGGCGGGCAACGCGGCCCGCGACAACAAGAAGACGCGCAUCAUCCCGCGCCACCUGCAGCUGGCCAUCCGCAACGACGAGGAGCUCAACAAGCUGCUGGGCCGCGUGACCAUCGCGCAGGGCGGCGUCCUGCCCAACAUCCAGGCCGUGCUGCUGCCCAAGAAGACCGAGAGCCAUCACAAGGCCAAGGCAUCUCGGUGAUCUAUAUCAAAAUCACCAUCUAGCGCUGCUCCUCAUCCAGGUUCCAGGUACAGCAGAGGGUGCAUCGUUCUGGAAUUUGAGAGGUUGUGAUAUAUUUCUUAUAUGGAAGGGCUUGGGGACUCCAGCUGGAUGGAACACAAUCUACUCAGGAACAUGACAUAUAUUUACCUUUCUGUUUCAUAAGGGUAAAACCAUGAUUUAGGAAAUACAGACAAUAUGUACUAAAUAGCUUAACAUAUCAAUAAGCGAAGUAAAAGGAAAGAGGCUAAGUGAGGUUCAAAUAAAGUAUUAGAAUAUUUAUGAGUAACAAAAGAAAUUUUAGUGAUGAUAAAUUAGAUUAAAACAAAAUGAACUGGUGGCCAAGAAGUUAUAAAUCUUUGAUGUUAUUACUGCUUCAUUCAACAAAACUCUCCUACCUCACUAUAAAGAUAUAUAAGAGAUGGAGGAUAAGGAAAGAAAAACUGGAAAGAAGCCACCACGAGAUCAGAAACCUGGCUCACUUAAUACCAGAACCUGGAGGUGGGGGCUAGCGGGAUUAACAUAGCAAUUAACCCAGGUCACAAAGGUCCUUAGGUGCCAAUGUCUAGAUCACAAAGCACAAGACCCAAACAGGUAUCAGACUGUUGUAGUGAGUGUCAGGAAAAGACAUGAAAGUGAAGGUAUACAGGUUGAGGGCCAUUGUACAAAACUGGCCCUGGGAAAUUAUAGUUCAUUCAAAGUCAACAAUAAGACACUCCAUGAAGGAAUGAGCCCCUCCCAAAGAGAAAAGUAUAUCACAGCAAUCUCCACAGUAACACUGGUCAGUAGUCCUUCUGCCCAUGUGUGCCUCUUCAGGUGCUCCUUUUCCCAACUCUCCCUCAGUAACACUGGUCAGUAGUCCUUCUGCCCAUGUGUGCCUCUUCAGGUGCUCCUUUUCCCAACUCUCCCUCAGCAGAGCAGCAGCCUCCUGCUUGACCAGACCUGUACCCUGCUGGGGCUUUUCUUUGCUGAUCUCCCACAACAGAGGAGGCUCUCCUCAAGGCUGCAGGCCUGCAAAUAUGCAGGCCUCUCUCAGCAAACCUGUCCCUUUGAAGUUAGCUCUUAUUGCCCAAUCGUGUCUAUGCAAAUGUCCUU